AUGUCAGAAGUAGCGCCCGCCAGAACGGGUGGCUCAAGAGGCAGAGGUGGAUCUCGAGGCGGCCGAGGCGGCUACAGAGGUGGCAGAACUUCUUCUCGGACUCAGAAAGAUGACCAGGAGAACCUACCAGUGAGCCUCGAGGAUCAAGGAGAGGUCGGCGAGCUCAAGCGCAAAUUCGGCGACAAAAUCCCUUUCUUGCGAGAAAUCUGCCCUGGAUGGAGCGAUGAAGACUUAGUCUUUGCACUUGAAGAGACCAAAGGCGACGUUGAAGCUGCUGUCGACCGAAUUUCAUCUGGCACAAUUUCACAAUGGGGUGAGGUCAAGAAGAAGCAGCCAAAGGCGAAAGAUGCAGCUGUUUCUGGGGAUGGAAGCUCUUCUCGAGGUCGUGGUCGCGGUGGACUCGAGACCAGAGGCCGCGGACGUGGCACCGAGCGUGGCGGCCGUGGCGGACGAGGUGCCAGAACUGCCUCCCAAGCCAACGGUACCAAGCAAGUCACAAAAUCGGACGACUGGGAGGUAGUGCCUCCAACGAGCGAGAUCCAAGCAGAAGCUGCCGGCGCAUGGGACAAACCGACCAACGGAGAUACUGCUACCCACACCGAAUCGGCUGCGCCCGUCGAAGAAAAGAAAUCAGCUGCACCAGCUUCAUCGGCCAAAGCAGGCGGGUGGGCUAGCCUGUUCGCAAAGCCGCCGCCAGCACCGAAGCCUGUCCCAACCGCUCAACCCGAAUCGCUCCCUGCUCCCACAAUAGCUGCUCCUGUCGAAGAUCAUGCUCAGGAGCUGCCGCCUCCCAUCGAACCUCAAGUUGUCGAAGACUCGCCCUCCGAACUUCCCUCUGCUCCGCAUUCCGAAGGUCCGAAUGAUCUGCCUCCUAGUAAUGAUGAGCUGACGGAAAAUAAUUUGGAACAACUGCCUGAUGUGUCGCAUCCUCCUGCUUCGCAGACAGUAGCUAGUACCACUGCUAGCACGCAAAACCCAUUGGAUCAGGCUGCAUCGGCUGCAAAGGCCCCUGUCAGACCCGCAUCCGGCUAUGCUGCGACUGCCCUAAAAGCCACCGCCGCUGGUCGAUCGGCAAGCUUCAUGAGGAAGGUCAAAGAACAACAAGAGGCAGUCGUAAUGCCAGGGCAUCAUGCAGUCGAGAAGACUGCUGUACAAUUUGGCAAGAUGGGCUUGAAUGGCGAUGGGGACGACUUUGACGAAGAUCGUGAGGAGCCAGAGACUCGAACUCCACUUCCGGAUGACUCUCCAGUUGCACCUCGAGCUUCGCUCCCUCCUGGUCUGCCAGAAGCGCAACAGCAACAGCAACAAGCUGCGCCUGCUGAGAUCCAAGCUCCCACCGAGCCUCAGGCACAGCGUCAAGCUCCUGGCCUACCUCCAGCGCCUCAACAAGCCCAUCAGUCUACACAGCAGGCUGCUUCCGGCUUCGGCGACCCAUAUAGAUAUGGACAAGGCGCAAAGACCUACGAUCCUUUCGGUCAACCUGCUUCCCAGCAAGCACCACCUGCUGCGCAGGAACCAUUCGCAUCGCAAGUCCCAGGUCAGCAACAGACUGCUGGCCAGCAGAACAUGAGCGGCUACUACGACCGCGAAGCUUAUGCUCAAUACUAUGGUUACGGCCAACAUCAUGAUGGCCAACGCGCGGCAAGCGGUUUUGGCGGUACGUCUGCUCAAGAUAUUCAGUCUCAGUAUGCGACAGCCGGUCCACAGCGUGGAUACAGCCAACACGAAGGGCAGAACAGUGGCAGUAACACUCCUGCUCCAACUGGCCCAAGCCAGCAAUCUCAAGCGUCUCAACAGCAACAGCACAUGGGUGCUGGCCAACAUCAGGGCUACCCUUACGGCUACCCGAGCAGCUAUGGACAACAGUAUCCUCAGUACUCUCAACAGCAGUACAUGAAUCAGAUGUCCCAUCAGCAUCGCUAUGGCGCCAAUCGUCCCAUGUUUGACGAUGCUCGUCGUCAAGGAGGACAACAACAACAACAACAGGAAGACUACUAUGGCAACCAGUACGCGUACGGCAAGAACCAGCACUAUGGUGGCGGCCAGUACAAUUCUAGCAUGUACGGCCAGCCCCAGCAGCAGUACUCCUACGACCACGCCAGCAGCGCCUCCAACAUGGGAAGCUAUGGAGGUCGUGGUGAUAAUGGCUACGGUCGCAGCGGCUCCACCCAGCCUUCUGAGCAGCAGACAGCUGCCACUAGUGGUAGCUUCAGCGCUGCGCAAGACCCAUUCGCACGCGGUUCUUCCGGCUUCGGUCACAGCCAAGCUCUGGGUCAGCAUGGCGGCAGUCACCAAGGCAGCGAAGACGCAUUGAAAGCAUCUGGUCCAAGCCCUGCCCUUCAGAGUGGACGCCCAGGCUCUACCACGAACGCCAGUCAAGGUCAGCAGAGUGGUCUCGGUCAGCAGCAGUCUCAGCAGGGUUUCGGCGCGUAUCCACAGUAUGGAGGCGGGUUCGGCAACUUUGGUGGACAGCAACAGGGAGGUGGCCAUCAAGCCAGCCAGUAUGGCGGUUACGGCUCGAGUGCAUUCGGAAACACUUAUGCUGGUUAUGGCGGGUCUGGACGUGGAUGGAAUAACGCCCACUAG